ACGCAUGCGCAUUGUGAAUCGAAGUCAAGCGGAUCUAACUGACCUAACCUCACCUAACCUCGAAAAUUUGAAUUUUUAAUUUGUGUAAAGUGUUUUUUCGCGAUAGAUGGAUGAAAUCAAGCUAGAUUUGCCCCAAAUCAAGCAAGACUUGCUGCACGGGAUUGUUGCAUGCUCACAACGGGGUCUAAAUCACAGUGCAAAGUGGUUAUCCGAACUUCACUACUCCCUAGCGUACAUAAAAUCCACUCCCGAGGAAAAUGUUCAGUUUAAAGAUGAUUGCGAGGGCGAAUUGGAAGCAUAUUUCAUGGCGAAGAGCUACUUUGACUUGAAAGAGUACGACCGGUGUGCCCAUUUCCUGAAAAAGUGCACCAAACCCAAGACACGUUUUUUGUACCUCUACGCCCGGUAUUUCUCAAUUCAGAAGAAAAAAUUAGACAGUAUGACCGACACGAAUUGUCCACCCGAUCCCUCGGAAAACGGCGACUUGACCGAAUUAUGUCGGGAAUUAAAAAGCGACUAUUACGAGAAUAAAUUGGACGGGUUCUGCUUGUACUUGUACGGGAUUAUUCUGAAGCAACUGGACAUGAUUUCGUUGGCAAUCACCGUUUUUGUCAAGUCGGUGAAUCUGGAGCCCCUCUUGUGGUGCUCUUGGUACGAACUCGGUAAAAUAAUUCCCGACAAAAGCAAGAUUUUCUCAGUCCAGCUUCCCGACCACUGGAUGAAACACUUCUUCCUGGCACACGCAUACCUCGAGCAACUGAACAACGACGAAGCUUUACAAAUUUAUUUCGAACUGUACUCACAAGGGCUCAAAAACAGCACCUAUCUAAUGGCCCAGAUCGCAAUCGGCCACCACAACCGGCGAGAACUAUUCCACGCGAUUGACUUGUUUAAGGAGAUUUUAAGUGUGGAUCCUUACAGACUAGAUAAUUUGGAUACUUACUCGAAUCUUUUGUACGUGCAAGAAAUGAAGACUGAGUUGGCCGAUUUGGCGCACAAGGUGGUGCUGAUUGACAAGUACAGGGUGGAGACGUGUUGCGUGAUUGGGAAUUACUACAGUCUGAGGUCAGAUCAUGCCAAGGCUGUACUGUACUUUCGCAGGGCUUUGAAGCUCAAUCCCCAGUUUUUGUCAGCGUGGACGCUAAUGGGGCACGAGUACAUGGAAAUGAAAAACACAAAUGCGGCGAUUCAGAGCUACAGACACGCAAUUGAAAUUAAUAAUCGGGAUUACCGGGCUUGGUACGGCCUCGGCCAAACCUACGAGAUCCUCAAAAUGUACUUCUAUUGCCUCUACUAUUACAAGCAAGCCCAACAAUUAAAACCCAACGACAGUCGCAUGAUUAUCGCCCUUGGCGAGACCUACGAAAAGUUAGAAAAGACCGAAAAUGCCCUCAAGUGUUACUACAAGGCGUGCAAAGUUGGGGACAUUGAAGGCCAAGCUUUGAUCAAACUCGCAAAGCUUUACGAUAAAUUAAAAGACGAAGAUAACGCCGCUGCCGCGUUUACAGAGUUUUGCUUGCGUGACGAUGAGAACAAGGGACGGUUCAAUGAAGACCAAACUGAGUUCUACAGCGCUCUCCAAUAUCUAGCGAAUUAUUUUUUAAAGAGGGGAGAUUUGGACCAAGCAAAGAUUUACGCCAACAAGUGCCUGGAGAAUGAGAAGGCGAAAGAAGUUGCGAAGGCCUUGUUGAAAGAAAUCGCUGUAAAAAGACUACUAACCGAAAGCUUGGGUUCAGACACUGUUCCAAUGGAUGGAACCUGUAGUAAUAUUUUGCCCCCGGACGACGAUGGAGGCUCUGAUAUGGACAUUACUAAUACGUCCACCAAAUAAUAUAUUGUGUACAGAUUAACUAUCAAUAAAAAUACCAUUUCUCAUAAAA